AUGCCAAGUGCUGCCGAACAGACACUCGAGAAUCAGAAUGAAGAGGAAUUGAAUUCGUUGCAUAGCAAGAUCAAGUCGUUGAGAUCUGUGACUAUUGAUAUCUUAGACGAUGCGAAUAGACAGAAUGACCAGACCAACUCAUUCACCUCUUUCGCUUCCUCCCUCUUUUCCACCUCGCGCCAUCACUCCCGAACCAUGGCGUCCACCUCUACAUUACGCCAAUAUAGAACCAUCGCAUAUAUCGUGGGAGCCAUCGUGGUGUUAUGGUUGAUAAUGAAACUGUGGAGGAGUGGACCUGGACCUAGCGUACAUCCUAUCGAACCGGAAUACUAG